GCUGUAAGCGCGAGGCCACAGUCAUGGGUGCUUUUGGGGGUGUCGUGGUGUCACUACCAAGUAUUGAAAGCAUUUGAUAAUGCCCGCAGAUCGCCAACUCCCUCUCCACCAACACACUUGCUACACCGAACAGUUUUGGGGGCUUGUCUCAAUUCGGGGCUCACAUCAAUCACUGCUCGGUCAUCACUGUUGUUGUUCGGGGGGCUGUUCCGCUUCGCUCACACGCGCGGCGGUUACUCGAAACCUCUGAAUGGCCGACUCUGGAUUUUCUCAUGCAAGAGGCGCAAGUUUGCCCCGCCGCUUUUAAUUAAAAACGUUGCUGAAGACCAAGUGCGAAACGUGAUAGAAUGUGUCGUGUGUUGGAGUUCGUGGAUCUGUCACAGCCUGAGGUAUGAAUGGUCAGCGCGCUCUGAUGGACAUCGACCAGUUAAUCCUUGGUAA